AUGGCAGCAGCCAUUACCCUGCUGCUCAAGGUGCUUGUCACAUCUGUUGUUGUUAACAGUACAUUACUGGAGAGGUGCCAUGGCGACUCAUUCAUCGAUCUCGAUGUCUUUGGGGCGAAGGUCCUGAACGUGAUUGCGACACCGGUUGAGAAUUACUCGACUACCCUGAUGGGCGUGCAACAUGCCAACCUCAACUUCUGCAACGUCACGGUCACGUACACUCAUCCUGGCACAGCCGACAGGGUCAACGUCUUCGCAUGCUUUCCUUUGACGGGAUGGAAUGGCCGCUUUCUGGGACGAGGCGGUCGCGGAUUCAUCACCGGAGUCGACGCUGGAGUUCUUGCUCCAGUCACCGCACAAGGCUUUGCGGCUGCUUCGACGGAUGGAGGCCAUACCCUGCACAAGCAGUCAGCGGAAACAUGGGCUCUCAAUAGCCCAGGAAAUAUCAACUGGAACUUGCUGGAGGACUACGCAUACAAGGCUCUUGGUGACAUGACCCUCAUCGGCAAGCAACUUACUUCUCAGUUCUAUUCCUCGCCACCGAAAUACUCCUACUGGGCCGGCUGCUCCACUGGUGGACGACAAGGCCUUAUGUUCGCACAAAAGUAUCCCGAGCUGUACGACGGCAUCCUAGCACUUGCACCGGCAAUCAAUCUCGACAAGUUUGUGGUUGCAGAGUACUUUGUACAACAUGUGAUGAACAGGGUAGGGCACUAUCCUUUGCCGUGCGAGCUGGACGCUAUCAACAAAGCUGCGGUCGAAGCUUGCGAUGAUAUGGAUGGUGUGGAAGAUGGCGUUAUAUCUCUGCCCUCGCUUUGCAGGUUUGAUCCGAAUACGCUCGUCGGAAACGAUUUUGAGUGCGAUGGGAGGACACAGAAAUUUACAAAAGCGGGUACUGUGGCUGCGAAUGCAUUUUGGGCAAGCCCGAUUAACCCCGUCGAACGUGAGAAGUGGUACUGGUACGGCGUCAAUCACGGCACUCCGUUCAACGGUAUGGCGGGUACAAAAUGUGCCAACUCGAGUGGUACCUCUUGCCUCGGUGCCCCAUUUGUCGUUGCAGAGGAAUUUAUCCGACUUUUCCUGGCAAAGGACCCCGAUUACGCCACGACAAAGAUGACCGACGACGAGUACUUCAGCAUGUUCCACAGGGCCACACAAGAAUAUAGCAGCAUGCUCGGCACUUCUGAUCCAGAUCUUUCAGGUUUCAAAUCCCGCGGAGGAAAGAUGAUCACCUGGCAUGGCCUAGCUGAUGAGCUUAUUCAUGUCAAUGGAUCCUCGAACUACUACAAGCAGGUGAUGGACCUUGACAAGAACGUAGCGGACUACUAUCGAUACUUCGAAGCUCCUGGAGUGAAUCAUUGCUUCGGUGGUAUAGGACCAAGACCUGAGGAGGACGAGACAUUGGCUGCGUUGAUGGCGUGGGUUGAGAAUGGGACUGCUCCGGAGACGUUGACGGCGAGGAGUCAAGCGGGAGAUGGGACAGUCAGAGAGUUAUGUCUGUACCCGAAGACAUUGGUGUAUACUGGUGGAGCACCAAAGAAGCCGGCGAGCUGGCAAUGUCAGUAG